AUGCCUCCUGUCGGAUCCCGCCGCGCUUGUGACCGCUGUCAUUCGCUCAAGGAGCGAUGCCACUGGCGACAAGACCAGGGUUCAUGUGCUCGCUGCCAUCGUCUUGGCUUUGAGUGCCUGGUCGAUCGACCCGCCCGCAAACCUGGCCGCCCACGUCGUUAUGCCACAUCACUAACGAGGGCACCUCUCCCUGGCGACUCCUCACCAAACCAGGCAAAAUGCCUGGGAUCCGUCUAUUCCACCUUGGGUCCCAUGAUCCCUCGGUGUCUCCCUCUGCUCAACGACCUUACAUACUCGGAUCAACGCCUCCUCCAGGACAUUCUGUUUGGUGAUGCCGCAUUGAACGUUUUCCUGAUAGGCCCAACUUUUAAAGAACGACACCGUGGACUUCUCAUCUCCCACUUUGUUGUGUCGCGACACACAUUGGAGGAUGCCUUUCUUGCCUUGGCUCUCGCCUUCAGCCACGACGCGGCAUUAGCUCAACGCAACACUGAAGUACAGUACAAGCACGCGUCCUCGGCUAUCAGGCAUUUGCGCGAGUACAAGGUCCGCAAUAGCCAUGGCGUCUCCGAGUGUCUAGCACUAGGCGCCCUCAUCAUAUCAUUUACUCACUACCGCUCGUCAUCACCGGAUUCGUCACCAAUAUGCAGGCAGACCCUCAGCUUGAUUAAGGACAUGUACGAGUCAGACGAGGACCUGGAACCGGAUGACCUGGUCUUUGUUCCGUGUCUCAUAUUGCCCGAGAUAAUCGACUGUAUGAUGCAAGGAUCGGUGCCCACAUUGAGGUUCCGCUGUCGGCCUGGAGCCGAAGACUACGUCGACCGAUAUACCGGUCUCUUCUGUCCGAUGCUUCCGAGCUUGUACGACAUUUACCAUCAAGAUUUGCACGACAUAUUGGAAGCUAUUGAUCGCAUCGAGCUGACGGUGACGGCCUGGCAACCACACAUCCCAGAGGGCUUUGCUACCCGCUUCACGACAAAUGAGGUCUCUCACAUGCUCUGUCAGGCCCAGGUGGUCAGGCUCGGAGCCCUUCUUCUCCUCCAUCGACUACGAUAUCCUUUUGGCACAAACAAUGGCCCAGCACUAGCCCUUGCCACGGCCAUCCUCACACAACUCGACCUGACACGAGCCGCAACCAACCACAGCAUCUUAUCCAUUGCACUGCCACUAUUGGCGGCAUGUUUUGAGAUCAAAGAGGAAACGGACAGGAAUAUGUGGCUCUCAAAGAUACCGGGCCUGGUGGGCUAUUCUCUAGACUUUUCGCAGUAUCUGCAGGCCCGUGUAUCAAAGUUUUGGGAACUUGUGGAUGAUGUGCAGGUUGUAUCUUGGUAUAAUAUUAGGGACAUGCUUCAGCUGUAUAAUUGA